AUGUCGGCCGAAAAGGACGAGCGGCGGAAGGCGGCGGCAUUCAUCAAGCUGGUCCACCCCAAGGGCAUCGUGGAGCGGCUCACCCGCCCGACCCGGGCCUCCGAGGUCAUGAAGCGGUACCCGCGCCACUGCGUGACCCGACCCGACGUUUUCAAGAACCCCUGGAUCGCGGUCCACCCGGACUCCCUCCUCAAGCUCGGCUGCGUCUUCUACGUCGUCCCUUACCACACCAUCGACCGCUUACUCAAGCAGCACUCGACGAAUCUCGCGGCGAAGGGGAUCUACGGAUUGUUCCACGGAGAUGAUCGGUUUCGAUCGGCUCGUCAAGCACAGAUCCGAGAGAUUGAAGGUCGAUUGCCGAUCAUCGGCGCCGAUUCGCCUCAGAUCUGGCGGCCGGCAACGGCGUUGAGCUACUACAAGAAGGAUGACGAGUCGAGCGAGCCGGUGGAGAGCCGUGGAGAUUCGUCGUUCUCGAUCGACAUCGAUUCGUUCCGACGAGUCUGCGGCGGAGGCGGGUGUGGUGCUGAGCUGGAUUGUUCUUCUUUUUCUUCUUCUUCAGGAUCGAAAAUGCUGAAGCCGUGUCUGCGGAAGAGCAGUAGUCGCAGCGGGUCGAGAGGGCCGGAUAGUAGCAGGGUGAAAUUCACGCUUCCCGGAGAGGAUGACGGCAACUUGAGAGUUGAAAUCUUUGAGUUUCAACGAGCCGUUUGA